AUGCGGGAGAAAGCGGCUCAGUUCGCGGAAAAGUUCAACAACAAGAAGUUCAGUGCGACAAACGGCUGGAUUGACCGGUUCAAGAAAAGACAUGGAAUCGUCCACAAGAAACUUCACGGAGAGGCAGCGGCGGCUGACGUAGGAGGGAAACAACAAUGGCUGGACCACGUGUUUCCGGAUCUCGUAGAAGGCUUCACGGCUGAUGAGAUCUGGAAUGCUGACGAAACCGGGUUGUAUUUUCGGGCCUUACCAGACGGAACGUUCCUCUUCAAGGGAGAUCAGCACUGCGGUGGGAAAAAGCCAAAGGAAAGAAUCACGGUGCUUUUUUGCUGCNNUCGCUACAGAGCCAAUUCCUCCGCAUGGAUGACAGGUUUCCUCUUCACUGAAUGGCUCGAUGAGUGGAAUCGCGAGCUUCGGCGUCAUGACCAGAAAGCGUUGCUUCUCAUCGACAACUGUCCGGCACAUCCCCAAUCACUUCAACUGUCGAACAUUACUGUGGCAUUUCUCCCGCCGAACACAACCUCUGUUCNNUUACCGCCGUGCCAUGCUACGAAAAGUGCUCACUGA